GAGACGUGUCGUCACCGCGUCUCGGUCGGACUGUGAGUGGUGGUGGAGGCUGUCAGUCACUCCCAGGCUGCUGCUGAGCCUCCGGAGAGAGGGAGAUGUCAGAGGCUGAGCUGCUCCCUCCCUUCAGUAGCAUUAGUGGGGUUGAGCAGCCAGCAUGGCCACAGCUGCCUCUAGCCCCUACACCCUGCUCAGUUCCAGUCCCAUGAUCCACCCGGAGAGCCAGGCCAUGCAGCCUGCUAGCCCCUACAGAGGACAUCAGAAACUGCUCCAGAGUGACUACCUGCAAAGCGUCCAGAACGGGCACUCCCUCGGGCACCAGUGGGCAAGCAACCUGUCGGAGGGGAGCCCCUGGUCGGCCUCCAUGGAGCAGCAGGACGUGAAACCGGGCCGAGAGGACCUCCAGCUCGGCAUCAUCCAUCACCGCUCUCCGCACGUAGCGCAUCACUCUCCUCAUCACAACAACCAUGGCAACCACCCGGGAGCCUGGGGGACCCCGGUGUCCCACAACUCCUCGAUCACCAGCGGGCAGCAGAUCAACAUCUACUCCCAGACGGGCUUCACUGUCAACGGCAUGCUGGACCACGGGGGGCUCACACCUCCACCCAACCCGCAAGGCCAAGGCAUGCACCCGGGCCUCAGGGACACACUUAGCCCCGAGCACAGCGACCUCGGUGGACACCACUGCCACGACCACUCCGACGAGGAGACGCCGACUUCGGACGAGCUGGAGCACUUUGCCAAGCAGUUCAAACAGAGGAGAAUCAAACUGGGCUUUACGCAGGCGGACGUGGGUUUGGCUCUGGGCACGCUGUACGGUAACGUCUUUUCCCAAACUACUAUCUGCAGGUUCGAGGCUUUGCAGCUGAGCUUUAAAAACAUGUGCAAACUAAAGCCGCUGCUGAACAAGUGGCUGGAGGAGGCGGACUCGUCCACGGGCAGCGCGAGCAGUAUAGACAAGAUAGCAGCUCAGGGGAGAAAGAGGAAGAAGAGGACGUCCAUCGAAGUGAGCGUGAAGGGAGUUCUCGAGACGCACUUUCUCAAGUGUCCCAAACCUUCCGCGCAGGAGAUCUCGUCGCUGGCGGACUCGCUGCAGCUGGAAAAGGAGGUGGUGCGCGUGUGGUUCUGCAACCGGAGGCAGAAGGAGAAACGCAUGACGCCGCCCGGAGAGCAGCCGCCCCACGAGGGACCCUAUUCUCACAGCGGGAGCGCGGGAGACGCCUCCUCGUGCCAUGAUCUCUGACCGAAGCACCUGGAGGAAUCCCCCCCACCUCACCCCACCCCCUCCGACACACACCUCCACCCGGUACGGACUCUCGAGCGCUCGGACGCGUGGUGGCACCUUGUAGCCCUCCGCACCUGUCCCGGUACAGACUCGCCCGGAUGCCUCCAGCACUGAAACAAUAACAGAGAUACCUGUUCAGCCUUCGUCAUUGUUUUUCCUGCCACGAGGGCAUUAUCCUAUAGCGGCAUAUCAAACAUCACAUUCCAGAUCACCUUUCUUUUUCUUUUUUCUUUUUUGGGAGAGCCCGCCACUUUUUUUUUGUUUUCUCUCCAUCACGGAUAUACAUACAAAAAAUGUGCCUAAUAACCUGCCAGCGCCUUUGGUUUGUGUGUGUGUGUGUAUGCGUGUGCGUGUGUGUGUGUCACCGUUUUUAACAUCAGCUCGGUAAUAACGAUAAGAUGGGACUGAUGGUUUUGUUUUUAUUGUUGUUUUCGUGGCUUUUCUCACACACGCCGUGCUCCCGUUGUACCCACGAUCAGCGGCGUGGAACCAGUAAUAAUAACAACAACACCAACAAUAAUAACGAUGAUAAUAAUAAUAAUAAUAAUAAUGUUACUGUUCUUAAUUGAUUUGUACCAGCACCAGAGGCCAUUUUUUACACUCCACCUCACUCUUCCCCCUCGGGCUUUUCGAACGCUUUAGCUCUCCUCAUAUUUACAGUCAUUUACUUUGUAACGUAGAAGAUCUGUAAUUUUUUAAUUUUUAAUUUUUUUGUGCAUUUGCAGCCUUAGGCCCUCAUUCCAGCUGUACACCCACUCCACAUGACUCUUUGAGGACUGUUUUGCUUUCUUUUACUUUUGGCCUGUAGCUUACGAGGGUUGUACGAAGCCACGCGCAGUUGCAGCUCUAUUUAUUCAUUUACUUCUUUUUUCAUUUCGAUCAUCUUCGACCAUUUAAACUGUGCGGACUCUGAAAAAGGACAAGAAAGAGCCGAGAGUCUAGAAAGCAACGCUAUACACCUGCCUAUAAUUUUAAUGUACGUUCACUAUCGAAAUUUUAUAAUCUUAAAUACUCCUGUUAUUUGGUUUAUUUCUUAAGUAUUUUUUCGAAUAUUGUACAGUUUUAUAUAUUACCCUUUUGAAGUCAUUAAUUUAAAUAAAUGAUCUUAGUUAUUCACGCACUUGAUUAGCAGUGUUUUAAAAGAAAGAAAAAAGCAAACAAACACGCAAAAAAUUUAAAAAACAAAGAAAGAAAAAAAUUAUUUUCAAUAAGACUGAAUGAACUGUUUCGGCGGUUUUAUUCCAAAUUUCAAUGACAGCUCAAGUAAUUAUUUAUUUUCAGUAUAAAGCUUGUAUUAUGUUUUUGAAAUAAACUAUGUAUGUUGUAAUAAACCAUUUCUUGCUACAACUGCUCACUGUCUGAAGCAGAA